UUUUGCCUGUUACCUAGGAGUAUAAAAGAGAGACAACUUUCGAAUCUUUGCCUUCAGGACUUUUUUCUGACAAAGGACACAGUAGCCAUGAUAGCGUUUGUACUCCUUGUUUCCGUUGCACUCUGCAGUGCUGAUUACGACAAGAAAAAUGUAUAUCGCCCAGGAGGAGGAGUCUAUCCACCUGUCGGCGGAGUUUAUCCACCUGUAGGAGGAGGAGGAGGAGGAGGCGGAGUUUAUCCACCAUUUGUAAAUCUAUAUAAACCUGGUAAUUGUCGAAUUUACGGCACCACAGAAGGAGACUACUGCGGUAGAGACUGCAGUAAUGAUUAUGAUUGUCCAGGAGUUCAGAAAUGCUGCAACGUAUAUUACUCCACCAGGAGAGGGUGCCAAGUUCCCCGAGAAUAUAGCAAGCCUUUUGGAUUCUGUCCAUCCUAUCCUAAUAGCAUCGGAGCUGGCAAUUGUAACCACGACUAUCAAUGUGGUGGUUAUCUAAAAUGCUGUAAAGGAUAUUCUGGAAAUGUCGACACAUGCACCUAUCCUACUUACUACGGCUACGGCCAAGGUCUCCAAGGAGUAUUCGGAGGUGUCAGUCCUGUCGGAGGUGUUGGACCUGUCGGAGGUGUCGGACCUGUAGGAGGUGUUGGACCUGUCGGGGGUGUCGGACCUGUCGGAGGUGUCGUUGGAGGAUACCUUCCUGGAGGCGUUUAUCCAAAAAAGAACGUGUAUUAAAUAUGCAAACUUUAAAGGACACACAGAGGAUGUUUGAAAUCUUUAACAAAUGAUGUGAACGAAAAUGUUAAUUUAUUUUUUCAUUAAAUUUGCAAAUUCAA